GUCCUUCCGGCCCCGCCAUGGCGCGGGCGCUGCAGGCGCUGGGCGAGCAGCUGCAGGCCGAGGCCACCUGCCCGCUGUGCCUCGAGCUCUUCUCGCGGCCCGUGCUCACCGCCUGCGGCCACAGCCUCUGCUCCCCCUGCGCCCAGGUCCUGCUGGGCUCCCCGCCGCGCCCCGCCGCCUGCCCGCAAUGCCGCGCCACCGUAGAGCCCGGCUCGCUGCGGCCCAACUUCCCGCUGGGCGCCGUGGCAGAGCUGGCGGCCGCCCUGGAGGAGGCUGCGGGGGAAGAAGCGAAGCGGCCGCGUUGCUCCGAGCACGGAGAGGCCUUGGAGCUCUUCUGCCAGAGCUGCUUCCAGGUGCUGUGCCCGCGGUGCCGCGAGGAGGGCCCGCACUGCGGGCAUCGGACCAGGCCGGCGGAGGAGGCUGCGAAGAUACUGAGGGAGACACUCCAGAGCAAUCUGGUAUUUCUAGAGAAAGAGAAGGAAGAGUUUAAUCCCAAAGGAGAAAGCAGAAUUAACAUGCUGAUGGGGACGGUGGCCUCAGAGCAGCAGAAGCUUCGCACUGCCUUUGAGCAGCUGCAGCAGUUCCUGCGGGAGCAGGAGGGCGCACUGCUGGCCCAGCUCGAUGGGGCACACGCGAGGCUCAGCGAGCAGCACCGGGAAUACACGUGCCGUGUUUCAGAGAGGGGAACGCUGCUGGAGGAGCUGGUUGAGGAGAUCCAGAAGAAACGUGACCAGCCGGCGGUUGAGUUCCUGAUGGAUGUUGCUGGCAUUCUGGACAGGUGCGUGGAAGCAAAGGUCCCUGUCCCGGAUCCGGUCUCCUCAGAGCUGCAGAGGACAGUCAGCAACCUGUGCAAGACGAGCGAGCGGGUCCUGGCCGUGCUGGGUGACUUCAGAGUGGACCUGCUGAGCAAGAUGGACACAGAAAGAGUGAAGGUGUUGCUGGACCUUGAGACAGCAAGCCGGUACCUGACCAUCUCAAGUGACUGCAGAACCCUGCAGAUAGCAGAAGGAUGGCAAAACCUCUCCGACACCCCCAAGAGGUUCACGGGCAGUGCCAGCGUGCUGGGAUCUCAGGGCUUCACGGCUGGGAGGCACUACUGGGAGCUGGAGGUCGGGGAUGGGAACAACUGGGCUGUGGGGGUGGCCUUGGAGUCUGUGCAGAGGAAGGAGUCACUCAUGAUGGCCAUGGAGAAGAUCUGGGCCCUGCGGAUGGACUGGGACCGCAGUUACACAGCGCUGACCAUGCCGCCCGCCCCGCUGAGCCUGCAGGAAGAGCCACGGCGCAUCAGGGUCCACCUGGACUAUGAGGCUGGGCAAGUAACCUUCUACAACACUGACAACAUGCAACAGCUCCUGCAGUUCAAAGUCUCCUUCAGUGAGAAGGUCUUCCCCUACUUCUGGCUCGGGCUGCCGGGAACCUACAUCAAGCUGCGCUCCUGAUGGCCUCGGUCACCUCCUGGUCCCCUGCCCACGUCCUGGGCUGAUGGGUACGGGGAUGGCACAGCAUCACUGCAAACUCACUGCACCUCUGCCCUAGACAUUGCUGCAUCUCCUCCUGCUGAGUCCUCUGGAGCAUUAAAGAUCAUAGAAUUA